GAGGGUUCUAGAGAGAGUGUUCAUUGAUAAAUGCGGCAAGUUUGAAAGAAAAAAAGUUUCGUGAUUUUUUGGGGGCUAACAACAACUACCCUUAAUAUAACUAACGCACUUACGUCGGUAGAAUUCCCCACAAUGGCAACUGAAGACAUCGAUCAAAAUCGUGACAGGGUCGCGGAAAUUUUUCAAAAUAGGACGCUUCUAGUCACCGGUGGGACAGGUUUUGUGGGGAAAGUCCUCAUCGAGAAGACCCUGCGGGUCCACGAUGUUAAAAAAAUAUAUGUUCUGGUUAGAAUGAAAAAAGGGAAGAGCGUUGUGGAACGAUUCCAGCAAGUCUUCAAUGAUCCGCUUUUCGAUCUGGUGAAGAAGACCAAGGGCAAAGAUAUCUUAAACAAAGUGUGUUUUAUUCGUGGAGAUGUGGGUGAGGCGGAUUUGGGUUUGUCGGAUGAAGAUCGCCAAAUUCUGAUUGAAGAAACGGAAUUCAUUUUUCACUGUGCUGCCACUAUUAGGUUUGAUGAACCAUUGAAAACGGCGGUUUUGCUUAACGUCAGAGGGACCAAGCUCAUGGUGCAGUUGGCCAAAGAAUGCAAGAAGCUACAGGUGUUUUCACAUCUCUCUACAUCGUAUUGCCAUUUAAAUGAACGAGUGUUGUAUGAGAAAGCUUAUCCUCCACCGACUGAUCCUGAUAAUCUUAUUAGAACAUGUGAACUUAUGAGUGAUGAGAUGAUUGAGGCUCUAGUCCCAAAGCUUUUGAAAAAUAUGCCCAAUACAUAUGCAUUUACCAAAUCCUUAGGUGAAGCAAUAGUCACCGAACAAAUGGAAAACAUACCUGCUAUUAUUCUGAGACCAUCUAUAGUCAUGCCAAUUUGGAGAGAACCCAUUCCUGGCUGGACUGACAAUUUUAACGGCCCAAUGGGUCUGUUGAUUGCUGGUGGUAAAGGUGUACUUAGAACCAUGUACUGUAGGGCAGAUGUCUACGCUGAUUACGUACCAGUAGAUAUUGUAGCCAAUGCGAUGCUAGCAAGCAUUCUCGAUUACGUCCUAUACAAAGGCGAACGAAGAUUCUACAAUAUUACCAGCUCUGCGGAAUACAAAAUAACAUUUGAUGAACUAAUUACUCAUGGGAGACAAACUGUGUACAAUAAAGUACCUUUUAAUGGAGUUUUUUGGUAUCCAGGUGGAACCAUGACACAGUCUCGUCUAGAACACAAUUUGCGCUUCUUUUUCUAUCAGUGGCUGCCAGCCGUUUUUGUUGACAUUCUUUUAGUGAUCCUGGGAUAUCCACCGGUACUGAAACGAGUCCAAAGGCGCAUCCUUAAAGGCUACGAUGUUUUUGAGUAUUACACGACAAAACAGUGGGAUUUCAAUAACGAUGUGUCGAUGGAGGCGAGGAAAUUAUUAACACAGAGGGAAAGAGAACUUUACAAGGUGGACGGAGACGGCAUACAAUACGAACAGUAUUUUUAUGAUACUGUUCACGCUGCUCGAUUAUACUUGUUAAAUGAACCUGAUGAAACUAUACCAGCAGCUAAAAGACACAUGACAAGGAUGUAUUAUGCUGACCUUUUUUUUAAAUAUCUGUUAAGGAUAAUUUUCAUGUGUUUACUUUACAAAUACGUAUUGUUACCGGUAAUUAGUAGUUUUUAGCACUCAGUGAAACAUAUUUGGCUAUUCAUUACUAAUUAUUGUAAUUGUUUGUAUAUAUAGUGUAGUGUUAGGGUGCAUUUGUAAAAUAAAUUUUUGUACUUCCGACCCGCA